UCUAUCUCAUUCCUUUUCUCUCGAAGAAAACGAACAGAAAGUUGCGACCGGCACUGCGCACACGUUAAAAGACACGUAGUGUAUUUAUAGUAACAGACAGUAAAGCCGGCAUAUCGUCAGUAUUUUCAUUAAAGUUGAACGCUCAACUAAUAGUGAAUUUUGUACAUCCUUUUGAUAACGUCGAAGAAAAUUCAACACAAUGGCUAGACCUAUUGAACUCAGUACUGAAGAUAAAUUGGAAUACAACUUCCUUCCCAACAGCGGUGGUUUCUUGCAAUUCCGAGUUCGUGCCCCUCAUGAUGCCCACAUUGCACUCUGUGGUCAAGCGGCGGAAUGUGAUCCAAUGUACGAAGUGUUCAUCGGAGGAUGGGAAAAUUCAAAAUCAGUAAUCCGCAAAAAUCGCGCCAAACCCGACGUUGCCGAAGCGUCAACUCCUGGAAUUUUAAACGGCAAUGAAUUCCGUGGAUUUUGGAUCCGUUGGUCUAACGGAACCAUAACCGUCGGACAAGAAGGAUCUGAUGCUCCAUUCCUUAAUUGGAGUGAUAGCGAAAUGGUUCCAAUUAAUUAUGUUGGUGUAUGUACUGGAUGGGGAGCAAGUGGAAAUUGGAUUGUUGAACAAGCUUCUCCUAGUGCUCCUUCAAUGGGUGCUUGUGGUACCGCUUGUUGGGUUCAAGCUUCUGGCGGACACGUUCCAGCAAAUGCUUUUGCUGGUGGAGAAGAAAAUGGGGAACCAAUGUUUGUUAUCAGAUCCCAAUUUGAAGGUGGAUUAAUUCCUGGAAAACUUCUCAGCUCCCACGGCGUUGCUUAUGUACCGUGGGGAGGCACUGAAAAUCCUUGCAAUAGCUACGAAGUUUUAACCGAUUUUAAUGGCAGCUGGAUAACUUGCUCUGGUAGCAACAUUCCACCGAACGCACUUCCCGCUGGACAAAGUGAAGACGGGGAACCAUUGUACGUUGGAAGAGUCGUUAAUGACGGUUCUAUGACCGUUGGUAAAGUUCACGGCAGCCAUGGAGUUUGUUACAUACCUUUUGGUGGACAAGAAAUGGGAUUCAAUGACUACGAAAUCCUCGUCUCUUAACUGAGAGGAGACAAAUCGUGCAUUCCGAACCGUAAAUUAUAAUUAAUGUUGCAUGAAUUGAGCGCUCUCUGCAGCUUUUGGUAGCGACAAUAAAAACAAAGCGCACUUCGUGACAGUUUAAUAGAUAUAUAAAUAUUUUUCAAUCACGCGAGGCUUACAAAACGUACUACUUUUUGGCCUGAAUCAUGUAUUUAUUUUGUAUACGUAUGUUAUGUAUAAAAAAGCUACUAAAACAACAUAAGUAAAUGUUAUUGAUUGAAUUUGUAUGAGUAAAUGAAAAUCAAUAAAAAAAAAUGUUGAAAAUA